AUGUUGCUUCACUUCAUGGCAUAUGCUGCACUGAGCAGUGUAGUAACCGCUACAUCCCUACACCCACGGCUGCAAGAUGGCUUAGCAUUGACACCACAAAUGGGGUGGAACACAUACAAUCACUACUCGUGCUCCCCAAACGAGACCAUCGUUCGGUCCAAUGCACAAGCAUUGGUUGACCUAGGCUUAUCAUCACUUGGAUAUCGCUAUGUCACGACAGACUGCGGUUGGACGGUCGCAGACCGACUGCCUGACGGAUCCUUGACCUGGAAUGAAACCCUGUUUCCUCAAGGAUUCCCUGCUAUGGGUGACUUCCUCCAUGACUUGGACCUCUUAUUCGGCGUGUACCAAGAUUCUGGAAUUCUGUUAUGCGGAAGUCCGCCGAAUGAGACAGGAAGCCUGUAUCACGAAGCGCAAGAUGCCAGGACAUUUGCCUCGUGGAAUGUUGACUCUCUCAAAUACGACAACUGCUACUCUGACGCCGCAACUAACUACCCCGACGUAAACUACGCCCCCAGCACCUCUCCGGAACCCAGAUUUGCCAACAUGUCUCAUGCGUUAUCGCAGCAAAAUCGAACCAUUCUAUUCCAGAUCUGCGAAUGGGGGAUUAGCUUCCCCGCAGGUUGGGCCCCUGCUCUCGGUCAUUCUUGGCGGAUUGGCAACGACAUCAUCCCUGCCUGGCGGACCAUUUACCGCAUAAUAAACCAGGCAGCUCCACAAACGGAUUUUGCUGGUCCAGGGCAAUGGCCCGACCUCGACAUGCUCGAAGUGGGGAAUAAUAUAUUUUCUCUCCCGGAGGAACAGACCCAUUUCUCUCUCUGGGCCGUUCUCAAGAGCCCGCUGAUUAUUGGCGCUGCACUGAAGGACGAGCUCACUGCUAUCAAUGACGCGUCACUAGCAGUCCUCAAACAGAAGGACGUGAUAGCAUUCAAUCAGGAUGCACUAGGGAAGAGUGCGAGUCUACGCCGGCGCUGGACCGAAGAGGGUUAUGAGGUAUGGAGUGGGCCGCUAUCAAACGGACGGACAGUCGCUGCAGUCAUCAAUUGGCGCAACGAAAGCAGGGAUCUGACUUUGGAUUUGCCGGACAUUGGGCUCCAACAUGCAGGGACCGUGAAGAACAUAUGGGACGGUACUACUGCGCAGGAUGUGCUCACUUCGUACACGGCGACAGUAGCCGGUCAUGGCACGAUGUUGCUCGAACUUCAGAAUACGACUGCGGUCGGAGUGUAUCCGCGAGGAAUUUUCGGGGAGACUUCUGGGCAAACGGCAACAUUCGAAAACAUUUACGCCGUGACAACCAGUUCCAAGUACACAGUUAGCGUCUACUUCUCGCAGCCAGCUUCUUCAGCAGAAACCAUCACCAUCGGAUCAAAUGCCAACCAGAGUAUAAUAUCCGCACAGGUCCCCGCAUCAUCGACGCUAGUCUCCGCGAAAAUCCCACUUACUGCCGGCUCCUCCAACACAAUUACCAUCAACACCUCCAUACCCAUUGACGCCAUUCACAUCACUGCUCCGAAUGGAACGUACUACCCUUGCACAAACUUUACCCUCGCCGGGUCUACUACACUGACUACCUGUGGGAGCGGUUAUUGUCAACCGGUUGGCUCAAAGAUUGGCUACAUCAGUCCCAGCGGCACAGCCAAAGCAACGAUUUCCGCGACGACGAGUGGGAGCAAGUAUCUGGAAAUUGACUGGAUUAACAACGAGAUUGCCUUCGACUCGUCCUGGGGCUGGGGAUCCAACUCUCGGAACUUGACCCUGACGGUAAACAGUGAGGAUCCGGUGCGGAUCGAAGUGCCGCUGAGCGGAAGACAUAGCGAGCUGUUCGGUCCGGGGUUGGGAUGGUGGGAUACUGCAACCUUAGGACUACUGACUAGUGGCUGGAAGGAAGGGCUAAACGAGGUGGUAGUUGGGAAUGUGGGGGGUGACGAAGGAUUCCAAUCUUACGGGGCCGAUCUUGUGGGAAUCCGGGUGUUGGAUUAGAAGGGAUGGGAGAGUACAGUAGCAAUCGUAGAGCAUCUUCAUCCAUCACAGGCCCUGGUAGAUGAAGAGGAAGAAAGAAGAAGCUGUUCUUUAAUCACCUGAUCGUGGGCACGGGAUGCGCGAGUUCGGGGAAGAGCGGGACACAGCCAGCUUUUCUUCCCAUCCUUUUUCCUCUUUC